AAGUAAGGGUUUUAUUUUACUAGGCACGACGCGGAGAGAGCGUUGGAGCUGGGCGGCAAUGCAGAUUUCGAUCCCGCGCUCUCAGAUCUGAUCUAGGCUAGGGAUCUAUCUCCGGCGUCUCGCGCGCGUGGAUUCGUGGGAGGGAUUUCUUCUUUCUCAGGGAUGGAGAGCUUGAUCGGGCUCAUCAAUCGGAUCCAGCGAGCUUGCACGGUGCUGGGGGAUUAUGGGGGGAACAACGCGCUGCCGACGCUCUGGGAAUCUUUGCCGUCCGUGGUUGUGGUGGGAGGCCAGAGCUCCGGGAAAUCAUCGGUGUUGGAGAGCAUUGUUGGGCGCGAUUUCUUGCCCAGAGGGUCUGGAAUUGUGACCAGGAGGCCGCUAGUGCUACAGUUGCAUAGGACAGAGGAUGGGCCAGACUACGCGGAGUUUUUGCAUCUACCCAAGAAGAAAUUCACGGACUUCGCACUGGUGAGAAAGGAGAUUCAAGACGAAACCGAUCGGAUCACUGGACGUAGCAAACAAAUCUCGCCGGUUCCUAUUCAUCUCAGCAUUUACUCUCGAAAUGUCGUGAAUUUGACUAUGAUAGACCUUCCGGGCUUAACGAAAAUUGCUGUUGACGGGCAGCCUGAAAGCAUUGUCGGUGAUAUUGAAAACAUGGUCAGGUCUUAUGUUGAAAAGGAAAAUACGAUCAUUCUGGCCAUCUCUCCUGCCAAUCAAGAUAUAGCAACAUCAGACGCAAUGAAACUUGCACGCGAAGUCGAUCCGACGGGUGACCGAACGUUUGGAGUUCUCACAAAGCUGGAUCUGAUGGAUAAGGGAACCAAUGCUAUUGAUGUGUUGGAGGGUCAUUCCUAUCGAUUGCAACGUCCCUGGAUCGGUGUUGUCAAUCGAUCACAAGCAGACAUAAAUAAAAGUGUCGACAUGAUCGUCGCCAGACGAAGGGAACGUGAGUAUUUCGCUUCAAGUCCAGAUUACAGGCAUUUGGCAAGCCGCAUGGGCUCUGAAUAUCUUGGAAGAGUUCUUUCGAAGCAUUUGGAAGCAGUGAUAAAGGCACGUAUUCCGAGUAUUCAGUCCCUUAUAAACAAAACCAUCACCGAACUAGAAGCAGAACUUGACCGACUUGGGAGACCUAUUGCAUCGGACGCAGGGGGGCAACUGUAUACCGUGUUAGAGCUUUGCAGGGCGUUUGACCAUGUUUUCAAGGCGUAUUUAGAUGGAGGACGUCCUGGAGGAGAUCGAAUCUAUAACGUGUUUGAUCAUCAACUACCUGCAGCUGUGAAGAAACUGCCGUUUGACAGACAUCUUUCCAUUCAAAACGUUCGGAAAGUUAUCGCAGAGGCUGAUGGCUAUCAGCCCCAUUUGAUUGCUCCAGAGCAAGCGUAUCGGCGACUUAUUGAAGGUUCGCUUGGUUAUUUGAGAGGACCAGCAGAGGCGGCUGUAGAUGCUGUGCAUUUUAUACUGAAAGAGCUUGUGAGGAAAGCUAUAAACGAGACCCAGGAACUUAAGCGCUUCCCAACUUUUCAAGCGGAGUUGUCUGCUGCAGCAGUGGAGGCUUUAGAAAGGUUUCGUGAAGACAGUAGGAAAUUUUGUCAGUCGCUAGUGGAUAUGGAGGCCGGCUAUCUGACUGUGGAGUACUUCCGUAAACUCCCCCAGGAAGUCGAGAAAGGACAUCCGAACAAUACAACAGCCGACCGUUAUGGGGAAGCUCAUUUGCGCCGAAUAGGAUCCAACGUACUGCAAUACGUUCACAUGGUCUGCGAAAUGCUCAAGAACGCUGUUCCCAAAGCCGUUGUUCACUGUCAAGUUCGCGAAGCCAAACGCUCGCUGCUCCACAACUUUUACGCACAGAUCGGCAAGCGAGAGGUAGAUAGGAAACCUUCAGCUCGAAACUUGUUUAUCUCACACAAAUUUCCUGUACAAACUCCGCAGGGGAAGCAGCUGGCACAGAUGCUGGACGAGGAUCCGGGGCUCAUGGAACGUCGCUCGGCUUGCAGCAAGAGGCUCGACCUCUAUAAAAGCGCGCGGGAUGAAAUAGACGCAGUCGUCUGGGAUAAAUGAGGUCAUUCUUUAGUUUCUUACUUUCUUCUGUUAACGAAUUUGACGUAAUACACAAUAGCUUUACGAGUAAA